AUGCCGCCCUCGAAAUCAAAACAGCACCAGGACGACUCGAGGUCCGAGGCUUCGAGCACGAAAGAGAAGCCUGGAUCCAACUCUUCAACCGCGGCCAAUGGCAAGAACCGGCGGAUAGCAGGUACAGCAGCUGCUGGAAGCUCACUCCGAGAUGUGGUAACAGCAGGCCCAAGUAAUACGCCUGCGGCAGUCUCAGGAACAGCUGGUGCCGAUGCUGCCCCGGGUCUUCAAUGGUCAAGCUUUGAACCCGAAAUACUCCACGGAUAUAGAUAUGAUUAUCGCCUGAAUACACCGGCUGCGUUCAACAAGCCGUACAAUGAGAUGGUGCUCGCCCACUCUUCAAUUGGUCGCAUGUCCCCAACAAUGGCUAGGCGGAAGGAGCAGCGGAGGCAAGGCAAAGACCAGCUGGCAAAUGCUGUACGCAAGCAUUUUAACAGUAUGGGCAUAGCUGAAAACGAAGUGGUUGUGGAUUUCCUGUACAAGGUUCGAUGGCAAGAUAAAAAUUUCCGAAUGCGAUUUGCCCCUCAGCGGCCCCGAUAA